AAUAUCAAUCUCUUCCACCCCAACCGCCUUCGCAUCAUUUCUUCUACACUUCCCGGCCUACUAAUUAUGAUCCAAUAAAUUAAUCAAAGAAUCUACGGAUCCAUAUAUCGAUCGAUCCAUCCACUUUAAAUAAAAAAAAAGUACUUACUCGAUCAGCUCCUAUAUAUAAACACAUAACUCUUUCUACUACCUUAGCUUAGCUUAGCUAGCAGUGUGGAAGAAAAUAUAUGGGAGACAUUAACACCGUUAAUAAUCUGCCGCCCGGUUUCCGCUUCACCCCCACCGAUGAGGAGCUAGUGGUGCAUUUCCUCCACCGCAGGGCGGCGCUCUUGCCGUGCCACCCUGACGUUAUUCCCGAUCUUAACCUCCACUCUUUUGACCCAUGGCACUUGGAAGGGAAAGCAAUGGCAGAAGGGAAGAAGUGGUAUUUUUAUAGCAGGAGAGCCUCUAGCAGAACAACGGAAAAUGGAUUCUGGAAGGCGGUAGGGGUUGAUGAGCCGAUUUUCUGCAGUUCCGGCGCCGCCGCCGAUAAGGUUGGCGUGAAGAAAUGCUAUGCUUUUUACGUCGGCGAACAGACGGAAGGUGCUGUCAAAACAGAUUGGAUAAUGCACGAGUACAGGCUCUCUAAUCAUUCUGCAUCAACUACCGGCACUAAACCAACAUCUAGAAUUAGAAAAAGUGAUCAUUCAAAUGUCAUUGAUUACAGCAAAUGGGUCAUUUGUCGAGUGUAUGAAGAAAACAAUGAAAAUGAGGAUGACAAUGGAAUAGAGCUCUCAUGCAUGGAUGAGGUUUUCAUGUCAUUAGACGAUGAUCUUGAUGAGAUUAGUUUGCCAUAUUAACCAUUAUAAUUAGUUAAUUAGAUCCAGCACGGUUGGGGUAGAUCUAAUUAUUGAUGUUGAUAUGGACUUAGGUGUGCUGUCUACUUCUCUUUAUCUUUAUCACAAUAUAUAUAUAUAUAUAUUGGAGAAUGGUUUGGAAUAAUUAAGUACUACUCUACUUUAAUUUGC